AUGUUUAAACAGAUUUUCUAUACGUUUCUAUCGUUCUUUUCCAGUCGUUCUAGAGGCACUGCAAUGAAGAAUUCGGAUUGCCUCUCAUCAUCUAUAGCCGUGAUGAAGUACUCUGGAGUAUGGAUGCCGGAUAAUCUGACGCACGGCGGGAGAUUGGCCUACAUAGUAUUCAGAUACGUCACGCAAACUGUCAUGUUCUUCUUCAUCAUUCUGGCUGAGAUCGCGUAUGUGUAUAAACACCGUGACGAUUCAGAGCGCAUGGUAGACGCGGCCGUGUUGCUGAUGUCACAUCUCGUGCAAGCUGUAAAGCUGAUGACUAUCAUUGUCAGGCAGGAGAGGAUAAAACGCCUCAUCGCCUUGGGAGAUGGUCCAGCUUUCACCCCAUCAGAGCCGCAGCUGAAAGCGCAGCUGGAAAGAGCAGUAAAACUGACGGGAUUGGUUGGAAACCUGAUUUUGGUGUCUGCUGGUGUGACCGCCAUCUUUUGGUUCGUGGUGCCGGCUCUGAAGGACGUGCUGACGCUGCCGUUGAAGAUCACGUUUCCUUUCGACGUGAAAGGGCAAUACAUAUUCGCAGUGAUGUACUUCUACACCUCGCUAAGCGUCGUAAUAUCUGGCGUGGGUGACGCCGCUGAGAAUUUUCUCGUCUCUGGAGUAUUGACGCUGGCGUCAACGCAGGUCGGCUUGCUUCACGAGCAACUGUUGAAUCUCAAGGGUGAUGGUAAACAGGACAAAGAUUGUUGCUACAAGAAAGCGGUGCUCUGCGUUAAGUUUCAUCAACGGAUCAUUGAGUACGUCGAAGAAAUCGCGAAGAUCUUUGGCAUGCCGAUUUUCUGCCAAUGUGUGACCAGCAGCAUAGUCGUAUGCAUGACUGUUUAUAAAAUAACCAUUACACAGGAACCAGUGGAGAUGAUGACCAUGAUAUUUUACUUAAUGUGUGUCAUGAUGGAACUCCUGAUGUACUGCUUCCCAGCAGAUGUGCUUAUAAAUAAGAGCUUGCAGAUAUCUGACGCAGCAUACCCCGAGUGGUCGGGGGACGUCAGGACCGGCAAGGUUCUGCUGUUGACUGCGCUGCGCGCUCAACGAGCCCUGGUCGUCAAUGCUGGGGGCAUGUUCAGGAUCUCGUUGCCUACUGCGGCCGCUGUAGUUCAAACAUCGUACACCUAUUACGCGCUUUUACAACAGAAACUGAAGAAGGAAUAA